AUGGCAGCUGGGGGGCGGGGGACUCCUCAGCUACCUGUCUCUCACCCACCCUUCCUCCCUCUUCUUCCCUGGCUCCUGGCAGCCCCCUCCGCCAAAGGGAGGAGGAAACAGUCAGAGGGGAGCGACUCCUCCCAGCUCCCCGCGUCCCCCAAACCCACCGGCCAGCAGAGCGGGAGCCAGAGCCCCGGCCUGCGGGAGGGCUCGCGCGAGGAGGAGGAGCGCGAGGCGGAGCGCGCCUUCCUGGUCAGCCUCUACGAGUUCAUGAAGGAGCGGCGCACGCCCAUCGAGAGGGUGCCCCACCUCGGCUUCAAGCAGAUUAACCUGUGGAAGAUCCACCAGGCGGUGGAGAGGCGGGGCGCCUACGAGCUGGUGACCGGCCGCCGCCUCUGGAAGCACGUGUACGACGAGCUGGGGGGCAGCCCGGGCAGCACGAGCGCCGCCACCUGCACGCGCCGCCACUACGAGAGGCUGGUCCUCCCCUACGUGCGGCACCUGAAGGGGGAGGACGACAAGCCGCUGCCCCCCUGCCAGCCCCGGAGGCCGCACAAGACGGCCCAGGACCCGGCCAGGCCGAAGCGGGCCAGGGAGGAGCGGCCGGGGGCCCGGAUGAUUCCAGGCGAGGCCCACGCGGACGCUGCCGACCUGGCCCGGCUUCCCGGCCCGGGGCCCCCCGAGGACGGCACGCGGCGGCCUGGCGCGGCUCCGGGGCCCCCCUCGCCCCGCGGGGGCGCCCGCCCGCGGCCCCCGCCCGCCCCCCCCGCGGCGCCGCGCGGCGUCCUGUCGCCGCUGGCCAAGAAGAAGCUGCUGGCCCAGGCGCACCCCGGCGCGGUGCUCAGGCCGGUGGGCCGGCACCCCGGGGAGCCCCGCUGCCCGACGGGCGGGGGGCCCGCGCGGCCUUCCCGCGACGACGACGGGGGGCUCUCGGCCCCACAGCCCCGGCUGGGGUGGGGCGGGGCGGCCAGCCGCCCCUCGGCCUUCCGGAGGAGCGGCCCGGGCCCCCCGCCGAGCGCCGGCUGGGCGUCCCCCCGGCCCGCGGGCCCCGACGGCCUCCCGCCCCGGCCGCCCCCCGCCCCGCGCGGCCGGGAGCCGCCCCGGGCAGCGUCGCCCCGGCGGGAGGAGGCCGCGGGCCGGGGCGCCUCCUGCCCGCGGGGCCCCGAGGCCUACGGGGGCGCCGCGCUGCCCGGCCCGCUCAGCCUGCCCGGCGCCCCGGACCCGCCCGCACCCGCGCCCCCCGCCUGGCCCGCGCCGCCCGUCACCGCGCUCGCAGCGCCCCCCUUCCUCCACCUCCACACCAGGCUCUAG